GGGUGGGUGGGAUGGAGACACGUUCAGAGAAGGUGAGCCUCGAACUCUACAGAGGCCAUUCAAUCGAACACGACGAACAUUCAUUGGAGUUCGGUUGCGGGAAUAAAACUCAGCGUUGCGACGCAUAUAAAGUGCAGAGAGAGAGAGAGAGAGCCGGGAAAAUGGAGGAGGAGAGUUCGAGCGGUAUUCGGGUGAGUGGUAUGCAAUUCGCGUACGAUGCCCAACCCCCGCUUUUCCUGGACUUCAGUCUCAGUAUCUUGCCCGGAUCUCGAUGCCUUCUCGUCGGUGCCAACGGAUCCGGGAAAACCACUUUGUUGAAGAUCUUGGCUGGGAAGCAUAUGGUUGGCGGAAGAGAUAUUGUUCGGGUGCUUAAUGGUUCAGCUUUUCAUGAUACACACCUAGUUUGUAGUGGUGACUUAUCCUAUCUGGGAGGAUCUUGGAGUAAAACUGUUGGCUCUGCUGGAGAGAUACCACUUCAAGGAGACUUUUCUGCUGAACAUAUGAUAUUUGGAGUUGAAGGGGUUGACCCUGUUCGACGAGAGAAGCUGAUUGAACUGCUCGAUAUUGAUCUACUGUGGCGAAUGCAUAAGGUUUCUGAUGGUCAGCGGCGUCGAGUCCAAAUCUGCAUGGGUCUUCUCCAUCCUUUUCAGGUUCUUUUGCUAGACGAGGUUACAGUUGAUCUAGAUGUUGUUGCCAGGCUAGAUUUGCUGGACUUCUUUAAGGAAGAAUGUGAGCAGAGAGGAGCUACCAUUGUGUAUGCAACCCAUAUUUUUGAUGGACUGGAAACGUGGGCGACGGAUUUGGCCUACAUCCAAGAUGGCAAAUUAAAGAGGACCGAAAAAUUAUCCGAGCUUGGUGAGUUGAAGAACUCUGCUAAUCUACUUUCAGUGGUUGAGUCAUGGCUUCGAUCUGAAACAAAGCAAGAGAAAAAGAAACCUGCCAAUCCUUCAGCUAUAAUCCAGAAAUCUUCCCCAUUCGAUUCGUCUCCUUUUAGGUCAUCCAGGCACAUGGCCUAUUAUCGGUGAUCUCUCCAAAUUUGGCAACUUUUAUGUCACAGUUCAAAUUGGAAGUCAUCCAUACACAGGAAGAAUUAUAUAAUGAGUGCUGCCGGUUGGAAUAUAUUACUACUUCUGUGUCCAUAUAGCUUUUGGUUCAAAUUUCUGAGCAGUCCAAUAGUUUUCCUACAACGUUUUUCAGAAAUAAGGGUUGCAACUGCUGCAGUUCUGCUUGACGUGCUCGCUCUUGGGGUUACUGAUCUUUCUGAGAGAUGCCUUGAAUUCAAUCGAGGUGAUGAUUAUAACCUGCUUGCGCACAACUAACUAUAGACAAGCAGCGUGGUUUGCCAUUGGUUAUUAUUCAAGAUUUUUUACCCAUUUGUUAUGUAAGGUAUGGAGUACUGGGGCUCCAGGAGAGUUGCAGACUUGCAGUUACAAACCCUGUCACUGUAUUAUCUAUUUAUCUUAUCCACAGUGAGGUUCCUACGUAGGAUGUCUCCGAUGAAGAUUAGGUUUUAAGCCGAACUAUGUAAUUUCUUUUCUCCUUUCUUUUCUGAUUUCUUCAUAUUCUACGUAAUUACUAUGUCACAACCAGGGGCUGGAAACAAAGUUUAUUUUUCUAAUUUUUUUUGCUUUUGUCUUUUUAAAUAUGACUGGAGAAACUUGUAUUUGGAUCAAAAGUUAUUUUUGAUUGUAUCUAGUUAUGACUUAUUCA